CCGGAAGUUAAACUGUCAAAAUUUUCGAUCUACCAUUACUUAUUUAUCUGUUUAUGCUAUAUAGAUUGAAGACAUAAGAUUACGUCUUUGUAAAAGAUAUAUGAUCCGGAACUGAGCAUGCCUGGAGAUAAUGCAAACAAAGCAAAACAGAAACCUGAACGAGGAAACAGACGACAUCAAAUGAGAGCUGAUGCGACAGGAAUGAGUAGAUAUGAGUCUGAAUGUGAAGGGUUCUUACCUCCAGAACAGAGAGAAAAACUUCACAAUUUGUUUGGUCAGAUUGAAAAAGAAUUUGAAAGUUUGUAUGCAGAAAACCAGGCAUUGAGUGAAAGAAUAGAAGUUCUAGAAAGACUUGAAAGUGAAAAGACAUUAACUGAUAGUCUAGAUGCACCAGAUCUUGGUGCCAGCAAACCUAAAAGAGCUACACAAAUAUCACAGAAGAUAAAGACAACCUACAAAGCUUCUACCAGCAAAAUUGUCUCCAGUUUUAGAAAUCCUUCACCUAAUUAUUCUGUUGUAAGAAGUUACAGAGGUCACAGAGAUGGUGUAUGGGAGGUCAGUGUGUCAAGGUCAAGUCAACCAGUCCUUGGAACAGCUUCAGCAGAUAACACUGCAAGAAUAUGGUGCAUUGGUACCAAUCAAUGUUUACUGCAGUACAUUGGUCACCAGGGAUCAGUCAACUCAAUCCGAUUCCAUCCAAACCAGGAACUGGCUUUAACUGGUUCAGGAGAUCAGACAGCACAUAUAUGGGGAGCACAUGUCAGUCCAUUGUCUCAGAAUGUUGUUAGAUCCCACUCUUCAGGAGAAGAUGAUAUUGAUGGAUCAGAAAAAGAAGAUGUUGUAGAUGAUGUGUGUGAUCAGAUUCAGGAGGCUAGCACAUUAAGAACACCAACUAUGGAAUUGUCUGGUCACAUUGGAGUCAUAGUAGCUGCUGAUUGGAUGGCAGAAGGAAGUCAGGUGAUAACUGCAUCAUGGGAUAGAUCAGCCAUUCUGUUUGAUGCAGAAACUGGGGAACAAAUCAUAACAUUAACUGGUCAUGACCAAGAAUUAACUGAUGUAAGAGCUCAUCCUACACAGAGAUUGGCUGUGACAUCAUCAAAGGACACAACCUUCAGAUUGUUUGAUAUGAGGGAUCCAAAUCUUCUUGUAAAUGUCUUCCAGGGACACUCACAACCUGUAACAAGUGCUGUUUUUGCUGGAAGUGAAAAUGUUGUUUCUGGUAGUGAUGAUAGAACUGUUAAGGUGUGGGAUCUGAAAAAUAUGAGAUCACCCAUAGCAACCAUUAGAACUGACUCAUCAGUGAAUAGGUUAGCAGUAUCAGGUAGCCAUAAUUGUAUAGCUAUACCUCAUGAUAACAGACAUAUAAGGUUGUAUGAUAUCCAUGGUAACAGAAUUGGAAGGUUGCCAAGAAGUAAUAGACAGGGUCAUAGUAAGAUGGUGACAUCAGUAUGUUGGUCUGAGACAGAAAACACAGUGUGCAAUCUUUUCUCUUGUGGUUUUGAUAGACAAGUACUAGGAUGGACUAUUAAUUUUCAGAGUAAAGAAUGAAUGACUUUGAAAAAGAGAAAAUACAUCAUAACAUGAGUGUGAUUAGUGUAAUACUUAAAGUGCAUACCAUUUGUUAUCUGUCAACAGAUAUCUGACUUUAUGCAUAUGCUUAUAUUGUUUGAGAUUAUAUUUGCUUAUUUUCUCCUUUAUAAUUAGGUCUUUCCACUUUUCCGUGGAAAGACCUAUUGCUUUUGUUCUGAUUAUUAUUAUUUUUUUUUUUCUUCCGCCUAAUUUUUUUCUUGCGUAGUAUUGUUGUUUCACAAGAUGUCGCUUAGAUAUUUGGUAUUUGCUAUUGAACAGUUUAUACGCUUUUAAAACUGACACUGUUUAACCGAACACUUUACGUUGUAAGAGUUAUCUCCCCAAACACUGUUUUUCUUGUGGCCACUACUCCUUCGCAACCGUACAAGAUUACGACAAAUUUAUUUUACCAAAUUGCUUGUUAUAUCUUCAGGAUUCUGCUGACCAUUUGCACCGAAGCUAUACUGAGACUCCAUAUGAGAGUUAUUUCCCCUUAUGCAUUUGAUAUAAGUGAUAUGCAUUUCUAACUGGUAAACCAUAAGUGAUAGAGACCUAGGGUCUGUUGAUUUGAGGUCCUUGGUCCAAUAAAAUGAAAAUUAGGUCAAGGUCAAAGGUCAAGGUCAUAUUCUCAAUUUUGAUUUUGGCUUAUUUUCACUUAUUUUCAAAAACCGUAUAAGAUAUUGACAAAUUAUUUUUCCUAAAUUGUUAGUUGCGACAUUUCGUAACACUUAAAUUUUGAUUGCGAGGGUACAUUGACCAUUAAUGGGAGUUUUCUCCCUUUUUAUAUUUAAAAUUACAUGUAUGGUGGUAUAACUCAUUUACCAAGUAUAAUAAAGACCUAGGGUAAUUUGAUUUUAGGUCCUUGUAUUAUGACCUUAAAAUUGAGCUCAAGGUCAAAGUUGAAUUUGAUGUUCUAGAUUUUGACCUUCGCUUUAACUUCAUAUUUAAACAUGAUAAAGCCAUGAGACUUUUUUCAUAAGGUUGCAAUUUACAUGACCUUGAAAAUCCAACCGGAAAUGACUGUGUGUAAACCGGAAGUAGCUUUUUUUUGUACUUAUUUGAUGUAAAAGUAUAUAGAACCAUAUAUUUUUGGAAUCAGUGUCAAGUAAACUAUCAAAUAAUACUGGAGGUGACAUUUUUCAGACCGGAAGUAACAAAUUACCUCCUUAUUUCCAACAAAAUUGUAUAGAAACCAUAUAUUUUUGGAAUCAGCAAACAAUGAGCUAUCAUUUGACACUGGAAAUGACUUUUUUUAACCAAUUUUUAAUAUUUUUGUAUCAAAAUAAAUCGUAAGAAGUGGAAAGACCUUCAAUUGUUCUCUGAACAAUUGGUUUUUAAUUAUAUUUGUCUUUGUUUACAACCACAUGGAGUAUAGAAAUAUGGUAUUAUGUGUUUUUCCAGUUUUGUAGCAAGACUGAAGCUGAUCGGGUGUCCAAUUUGCUGUGCCAGAUGUUAUAAUUUGAGGUUCAUGUUGGAAAGUGUAUGCACAUUAAGAAAAUAUUGCAAUAGUUCUGAGAUGUUUUCAUGUGGUCUUUUGUAUGGCAAAAUUUCUGACCCUAUUCAAAUACUGUGUGGAUUCAUUAUAAUUCAUCGGAUAGCAAUUUUUGGGGGAUUUCGUAGGUAAAGGUAAAGCAAGAAAUUAAAUGUUCUACCAAAUACAAAUUUUCUAUAGGCCUGUAUGUAACAGACAAUGGCAAACCCACAAAAUUAAAAUAUCAGUUUUUUGCAGUUGAAAGACAUAUAAGGUUAUUCUGAGAUUGACCAGAUGACAUUUAUAGAUCCUGAGAUGAAUAUUUUAUAAAUGAUUGUUAUUUUCUGUCUUUUCCAUCAACACUUAAUAUUAAUUUUUACUUUUGAAUAAGUGAUAUAAAUGGACCAUUGAUAUAUAUACAUAUAAAAAAAUAAUAUUUAUAACAUAUAUACUAGAAGAUGCCCGCGAAAUCGCGGUACAAUUGGCAAAUGUUGAAAUAAAGAGUGUCAAGGG